AUGUCUACUAUUCCUAUACAGAUAAAUAAUGGGGGUGGAGGAUCAUAUGCCCAAAAUUCAAAUGGUUGUUCAGUACAAUUGGAAUUCUGGUUUAAUGAUACACUAGGAACUGAAACUCGACAAAUUCAAUCAAAUAUCCAAACUUCUCAAAUUGUAUCCUUAAAUUUCAACAACAAUGGAAACAGUUACCUAGCUGUCACUUUUGCUUUCCCUCUGAACACCGUCUCGUCUUUGGAAUUAAAUAUUUCAAAUACUAACCUCCCAUUGGUAUUUGAUUCACUGAAACCAAUUUCAUAUGAAUGUUUAUCUGUACCAAUCCCAAACAGUAUUACUUUGGGUACAAACAAAAUUUUAAGAGAUCCCUUUACCUAUGCAACUGGAUAUCUCAAUGUCAAAUUAUUACACAAGUACCCACCUCAACCCUAUACAUGUGCCACCAACAAUACACUUUACACUUGUAUAUUUAAACAGGCAUCGACUGGAGAUUACAGUUAUGAUUAUUUCACUAUUGCUAUUACAUUCAGUUUGUCAACUUCUGCCACCAACUAUGAAAAUCCAUUGGCCAUCACAAUCACCAAUAUAAUUGGAAACAAAACAACUAUUACAGCAAUUCCUUUUGUACCUGGAAAUACUGAUUCUUCAAGUUCCAUAACGACUUACCCUUCAGAUUAUGGUGAAAUAAGUUGCUCUUCUUAUAAUGCAGAGAAUCAAGGAUGUCCUAUUUUCUAUACUAUUCAAGUCACAAACUAUGCAUCAGCCUAUACUCAAUUUUUACCAAAUAGUGCAAUAGUGAAUAGCAAACCACUUAUAAGACCAGUCACCCAUAGCGGAAAAAUUAUGACUUAUGCAGCUCCCGCUUAUAUUCCAUCGGGUUCUACCAACAAAUUUGCUAUUUUUGAUGGUGAUGGAUAUGCAUCGCAAAGUGCUGGAAGAUAUUUUUCUGUUUCAACAAGUAGCUAUGUAAAGUUCACUACUGGUGCCCUUACCAUUGUCAACAAUCCAAAAACAAUGCUAUGGAAUUUCAAAGGUACUAUGAAGUUAAACAUCAUAAACAAUUACUUCCCUGGUUUCAGAUUUUUGGAACCCAACAAUAUUCUUUAUACUCUCCCAUAUCCAUUCGGUCUCACAUCAUCUCUAAAGGGUACUACUGUUUCCUACUCAGUAUCCAAAGGUAUCUCUGCUCUACAAAGUGUUGGUGUUAGUUUGAAUGCUACAUUUAUUUUGACUUACCAACAAACACUUACCUCAACUCCAACUGGUAGUAACCUGGAUAACUCUGCACCACAAUUAAUAGGAAUCGAAUAUGUCCCAUUAAAUUCCAACUCUUUGAUUGUUCGUGUAAAGGCUUCCGAUAACUUGAGUGGUGUAUACCGAAUUUUGAUUGGAGAUGCCAGUAAUCAAAUUGAUCUCAGACAAUAUGAUAUUGUCUACGGUACUAAAUUGAAUGGUGUAUUUGAAAAAGUCUAUACUUAUGAACAAUUGAGUGUUUUGGGUGAUAAUGUAACACUUAUUGACGAAGCAAGAAACUCUCAGACCUACCCAAGAGCCACCACAGUCCUUUCAACAAACUCAUAUCCAUUAGUACCACAGAAAUUCAGUGUAUACCCAGAUCAAAUCACUUACUUUGAAUUCACACCAAACAAUAUCGAUACAAGCUUACAAUUCACAACAGGUACUCUCCAAUUCAAUGUUAGCAAUGCCGACCCAUCUUUUGUACCGGUUUUACAUUUAUUCCCAAACAGUUUUGAUCCAGAUUUCAAAAAUAGAUACACCUUCAAUGGAACCUACAGUACUACUCAACAAAUGUACGUAAUCAACUUUAAAUUACCAAUGAAGAUGGUUCCAACCUCUGUUGAAUAUACUCUUUCAAUGAGUCCAUUCUCAUGGAAUCCAAGAUUACUCUAUUCUUAUAUCGGUGGAAAUGCAUUACUUAAUGUAACAUCAAGUAAAUCUGACGAACAUGGUCCUUAUGCAACAUCAUUUAUAAAAGUUAAAUCAUCAUAUUCAUUCGGAUUGAAUGUAGUACCAGUUAUUUCAUGGAGUGCCAAAAUCACAACACUUGCAAAUUCAUUCAGCUAUGGUAUCCUAAGAGUAUUGAGUGACAUUGAUCCAAAGACCUACGACAUCUAUUUCGAUCAGACCAAUUGGUCAACUACUGCUAGUGUUUAUCAGAUAUCACUUACUCUAGAGCCAAACUGUGCAAGUCAAACAUUUACUAUUUAUGACCUUAUCCUUGUAGAUGCAAACGGUUACAGAACUGAAAAUGAAAACAGAGGACUCAUUGACUCUCUCAUUAGAAGUAACUUUUACUCAAAUGGUGCUGAUAUUGAUGUACAAUGUUCAUAUCCAUCAUCUGAUAGUGUAUCACCAGUUUUAAGUUCAUUCGAUUUCAAUCCAAAAGAUAUCGAUGUUGGAUCUGUGAAUAGAUCAGUGUAUUUCGAAUUCCAAGUCACUGAUAUUAACUCUGGUCCUUCCAAGACUCAUAUACCAGUGUUAUAUCUAACCAGUUUGUUUGAUGAAAUUCUUAGUUUCCCUGUCAAAGUUAAAUCGAUCAAUUCAACAGUUGCCACCUACAAUCUCAAUGUUACACUGCCGUAUGGAUUUGGUGUAGGUGGUACAUUGGUAUCGGUCUACGGUAUCAGCGAUGUCCAAUUGAACUUUAUUGGAUUCAGUGGUAACGAGCUUUCCGGUGCAGGUCUUCCAUAUUUCAUCAACACAACACUCACUCAGACCUCACCAAUCCUGGAAUCCGCCACCAAUGUAUCAGUACUAGGUGGUCCACUCACUGUAUACGGAAGAAGAUUCGGUGCAUUACUCUCUGAAUUCGAAGCAUUCAUUCACUACUAUGACUCCAAUCCAUUCGUCCCAAUCAGACCAACACUCUUCUCUGGUACUGUGUUGGCAUUCAACACAAGCGCAAUGCCAAAAGGUGCAAUUCUCAAAGUUGCAGUCAGAGGAGUUGAGUCCAAUUUGUUAUACAUCAAUUCAAAUGAACCAUAUGUACCACCACCCAUUGUCGAUCCAGAUUGUAGCCAAGUUAACAAUUGUUCAGGUAAAGGAAAUUGUACUGCAGACAACAUUUGUAACUGUAAUCCAGGAUGGGGAUCCAUUGAUUGUUCUAAACAAACUGUACCAAGUGAACCACCUGUAAUCAAUCCAAAUGAUCCAACCACUAUUAUUGUUGGUGGAAAGAUCUCGGUAGUGAAAAUCAGAGAGCUCACCGAUAUUGGAGGUCUCGUGAAGGAGUACAAUCUCACAAAACAAUGGGACUAUGAGAACCUGACAAAGGACGAAUACACACUGGCAAGCCAAUAUACAACAACACUACCCGAUACCAACACCAAUGUAACUGUUACUGUCCAGUGGUUCACUCAACCAACAAACGUCACAUUCGCUGGAAAGACUAUUACCAUGGGAUCAUACACCUUGAAAUACUCAAUCUAUCUCUCACCGUAUGCAUUUGAUUCACACCUUAAUCAUCUGCAAGUCCUGAUGUCAGCAGAGAUGGAAACCACCGAAAGUACAUCGUGCUCCGCCAAGCAAUCCGGUGGUGUUGGUGAUGCCGAAGUCAGUUGGAUCAAACUACAACUCAAUGGUAAAACACUCUACAUGAGAUUCCUCACACUGGCCGACAGUGAUGGAAGACCCACUCAGAUCACCAAUAGUAUCGUAGACGGAUCACCUAACAAGACUGACAAUGCACAGAAGUCAGAUGCUAUCAUCGGUAUCAAUGUGCCAUACUAUGAUAUCUACACUCUUAUCGAUCCAGAUUUUAGCAUGUUGAUCGACACUCAAAACGAAGAUUCCACCUGCUCCAAGAAAUCAAGCGGACUAUCAAAGAAUGCUCUCAUCGCCAUCAUUGUUUGUGCUGCCGCAUUUGGUGUUGCCCUUAUGGCUAUGGUUGCCUACUCCAUACGUAGACACUUCCAAAGAAAACAAUUGAAUCAAAACUACAUCGUUCAACUAGAUUGGCAUCUAUAA